GCAAACGAUGAGCUGUAGCUGCAAAAAGGGGGCAGAUGAGGGUUGUUUGCCUAAGAAAGUCGCCUAAUUGAACAAUAAAGGAACCCGGGUGAGAUGGAUAUACAAAUGGGGCGCCAAUCGGAUAUGAUACAGAGAGUUGAUGUUGAAUAAUCCUAGGAUCAGCCACCGAUUAAUCGUAUAAGAUGGAACUCUAUGUAAGGAGAUAAGCACUGAACGUUUUUGAUGUCCAAAUCAAUAAAUCCUAUAUGUAGAUAUAACUGAACAAUGAAGAAAGCCUAUAAGUGUACGCGCUCCUAAAUGAUAAUUACGAGUGGCUUUUUGAUGAUCAUGGGAACCUAUUUACGAUGAGGCUGCUCGAAUAAAGCGUAUUAACCGUUUACGGCGAAAUAGAAGUUUUCUACGGAUUCGCACAGUAUAGAAUUCUGUAAUAAAAUUCACAAGCGAAUUGAAAAUAAUGCUCAUAUACAUAUAUAUUAGAUAAGCUCCAACAGAAGUAUGAGAUAAAGCUAGAUGCAAGUACUAUAUUAAUAAUUGGAUAAAGGGGGGGGGGAAGAAGGGAUGACAUCAAAGGUUUAGUCAAAUCUGAAUUGCAAAUGUAAAAUGUAACAGAAUAUUGACGUUUAUGGGGUUGCUAAAAUAAAACUAAGGAAGUCGAGGGAAAGUUUCUAGUUGAGAAAUAUGAUUUUCUCAAUGAAUACAAGACUGAUCGAUUUGAUAACGUCGUAUUCGACCUGCCCUCCUUUGUAAUCCAGACUUGAAUCGAUUGGCAAGAAGCGUUUCCCAGUGAGUAACGACUAGUCACAAGAGGCGUACGUUACGAGCGCCAGAUAGGACGUAAUGUAUUGCAAUAUAGUACGAUGCGACGCGAUCUGACGCGUAAAGCGUAAAGAACAAUGGCGCUGUGCAGCAGGCCACUACUGACACAGAUUCUGUUACAGGCUGGCACCUGAGCCUCUCACACCAUUCGAGGACAGUGUAUAGCGGACGUAUAGCAACUGAACGUGAAUGCCAGGCAUGCACUCCCAAUUAAUUUACAAGUUUCCGUUCCCUUUGAUGGUCAUUCGGUACACGGAACAUUAGAGACUCAUUGUACCAUAAAAAUUCGUAUGUUAAUACCAGGACCGUGUAUCUAACAAUUUAAAAACAAUGUUAAUACAUAUAAGAAUGCAGAACAGAUUCUACCAUUCUUUUACUAACACCCUUAUACUUCCUGGGUUCCGUACUUCAGUGUUCGUGUGUUUCAUCAAUGCAUAUGUGGCAACAUCGCCAUCAUGCGUUUGCUCAUUCGUAGCUUCUUGGUCGUCUUCACAAACUGGCCGUAGGAAAAGGAGGCGCGCGCCUCAGCUCGCGCAUCCAGGCUGACGCUCGAGCUGAUUCGAAUGCUCAAAUGUUCGAAUACUUAAGCUAGCUAAGGCUCACCGGUCCUCUCCUGUUCCUGUACUCAGCUAUACUGAGCAGCUCUAGCCGUAUUAGAGUAUAAGAGCACGCUAGAGGGCUAGAACCCGAGAGGAAUAGAGAAGGCGCGAGUUGAGUUGGCUUCUCGAAAGGGAGAUAGGGUGGCGAGCAGGCCGCCAGCCAGCCAGUCAUCCAGUCGGCCAGCCAUCCAGCCAGCCUGCCAGCUAGUCUCCGCGUCCCCUGCCUCGUCGCACCGCAGAGCCGGUCAAUACUCCGAGUAACGCGGCGGGGAGAGCACGCCAGCCAGUUUGAAUCUCGAUCUUGCUCGUCGUGUCGAGCUAGUUGAUUCAGCGGCUUGACGACACCGCGCGUACGCACGUUUUGGUUCUCGUAUUGCUAUUAGCAUUGAGACACUUCGGUACAUAUCCUGAGUGAAAAACUGUAAGUCACCUGAGAAAGCAGACAAGAAACUCGUCAAUAACCCUAGAAGCAAAUGCUUACGCGAGUGUGUUGUUCGUCGUUCAGUUCAUCACAAACAUUCUGAAAGCGAUCCAAAUCGUUGAGAAAGCUGACGGACAAUAUAUCCGGUUUCCCAAUUACAUUUUUCGAAAUUCCACGCUAUGUGAGCGGGUAGGGUGACAGAGAAAGGGAGCGUGAGGGAGCGAGCGAGAAGGAAAUAAGGAACCAGCUAAAGGAGCAUUUGAAUAAAGAGUAUAUGCUGACGGUGAUGGUGACGGUGACUCGAGUGACAAGUGACAGUGACAGUGACGAGUAGCUUUGGUGUAUAGUUGUAUGCUGUAGUGACAGUGCCGGUGGCUGUGACGGUGGUCGCCACAAUUGUGACGGAAAGUCAUACGGUAUCAGGAGUGCUGACGGUCACGAGGAGGAAGGAAUCGACGGCGCCUGGUGUGAGGACAAGGGCGAGUGCCUGUGUGACGCAACAAGACACGCGGGAGUAGAGGGUCUACGUACUAUACGUGGUCGCUACAGCCACAGACUUUGGGACUCUCCGUCUUAUUUGCUAUACACGAAAGGAUACUCGUUCGAAGGAAUCUUUUCUCUUUAAAGAAAAGCGGAAGUGCGGGCAGUAUUUACUGCUCGUGAAAGAAAAUAUUAUGUGCUUCGUCGUGUGAUGGGUACUCUUGUCUUGUUCUGCAUGGGCAGCCUCCAGCUACGCCUCGCAGCCAGCCCCAUGGAUAUAUGGAUAUUCUUUCUCUUCUUCGCUACUGCUGGCGUUGCCGCCUCCGUGGAAGUUCAUUUUGAAAAUAAGGACGGUGGCUUCUUCCUGAAACACACUCCACGGCAAUACUAUCCAACGCAACCGGACUCGCUGUCGGGAGGGGCUGGAUCUUCAGGAUCGUCGACGGGAACUGUACCAGGAACCGCAAGUGGUACAGCUUCGGUUUUGUCACCGCCAGGAUGCAUCCUCUCGAUAGACAAGUUUACGGUCUUUCAAACAAGCGAACCAGUCUCGGUGAGAGCGAGCUACGGACCCUUUAGCACGAAGCAGACGGUACCCGCAAGAUACAUAGUGCCAGAUCCUCUGGAUAUGCUACCUGGUCUCGGUUCACCAGUAGCGACAUCCGGCGCGGAUAAGAGUGUAAACGGAAGUAGCAGUGGCAGUGUAAGUGGCGGCACAAAUGGUAGCGGUAAUGCCAAACGCAAACAGAACGUUAACGGAAGCGGAUCAACGAGCUCCUCUGCAGCUGCACUUCUGGAUGCACAAGAGCUCAGCGCUCGACAUCUUGACAUGUCAGCGCAUCUCGUGCGUGGAAACGUACCACGAGACUCUCCGGUUCUUCGCGUUCUAUUCCAUGCAGGAAGCGAAGCCGUUGGCAGGCGACAGCUCCUACUGGCACGACAUCAACGGGUCUGCGUCGUACUUCAUGCAAGUUUGCCUGGUCGGCCGUCACUGACAGCUGCGUGCAGUCCGGAUGGCGAAGACGGCGUGUGCCUCGCGCAAAUAACAAUUCCAGCCUCCUGGUGGCCACCCCUGCCACCUCCUGAUGCAUCUGGCAGAGUUAAGGUCACCAAGAGCUUACCGAGACUCGUUCAGGUGGCUUAUUCCGUUUUGGAACCGCGCACGGAAGGCGACGCUAUAUCCUGUCAGCCCCGCGUCCAGAUUCAGCCUGUGACGCCGCUGGGACAAAUACCCUUGUCUCCUAAUCGUGCUGCCUAUAAGGAACUCAGCUCGGAUGAAUCCCUAAUCCUCUUGGUACCGCAUGGACCUCUUUAUCCAAGAUCACGACUACACGUGCCGGCAUUCUUACAACCACGAUCUGGGGCUCCACCUAUUGUUGCUCUCGUACUCAGAGCACGGGUCAAGUCGAGCGUGCGCAUUCUCGAGGCUUCUUCGAGCAGUCCGGAUUGGAUCGUGGAUUCGGAGAUCAAUGCGAAGAACACGGCUGCCACCUUUACCGCCAGACGAAAGGAGAACGUUUCACGUUCGCCAAAUACAUUAACAACCGCUGAGGAAGUGCUGACAAUGCUGCUGGAGGCCAGUGAAGAGGGUGCAAGUGGCAGUUGGGAUGGUGGAAGAAUUGUUUGGAGCGUCCGUUAUGCAUUUGAGGGCGAGGAAGACAAUGCUUCUUUGGCCGGUGGUUGGUUGUCAGGACAGCAGCAGCAACAUCAUCAUCAUCAUCACGUUGAAAGAAGGAAGCUUCAGGCACGUCUUGAAAUUCAAAAAGAUGAUAUUCAGGCCGUGUUACCAAUUUCCAAGAACUGGGAGGUAAUGAACACAGCUGUGCUGACACAUCGGCAAGUCUCGCAGGCGAUGAAAGUCUUCAUUGUAAGUCAAGCUGGAAAAGUGGCUGAUGUUACGCUUCAGUCUUCUUGUCACUCGGAGGACGAAAGUGUACUUAAGGUAUCCUCAUCGUGCAGCAGCGUUUAUGUGGAUGGCUCAGAAAUACGAGGAUCAAGCAAUGCCUCGGUUCUUGUCAAAUAUGGCACAUAUACUGGCUUAGCAAGGUUUACAGUUUGGAUGCCUGAAUUUCCGCUUGAUGUCACCGUCAUGGAUACACGACUGAGUCAGAUCAAAGGUUGGAAGGUACCAGAGGAGCACUCUAUUGCUAAGAACAAACGUAGUUUGAACAGCAGCGCAUCUAAAUCUGAUGAAACAUACGCUGAUGAAGUGACAGCUGCACCCAGUGAACAUCUUUUUCAUGCUGAUGAGAACGCUGUGGACGAGAAUAGGGAAAGUCAGAGAAAUAACGAUGCGGUGGAGAAAAAUGCAGACUCGAGGAUACAGCGAAGAGAAAUAAGCGACAGCAAAGAGCGACGAGAACGACGUCGCAGACGAAGAAGAUCGGCUGCUGGUGGUGACCAGGAAAGCAGAAUGUCCAGGAAUGGAAAUUCGGAAAGAUGGAUAGAACCGGAUGGCAAUUCUAUCGAUCGUACUCCAAAUUGUCGAUUGAGAUUUCAACAGAGUACUGUGGAUAUUUAUGCACGAUUUGUGGCAGCUGACCAUGAUUCCGGUAGAGUAUCUUAUUUCGUGAAUCGACGUACCAUGUUACGCGUUACGGACCUUGUGGUUGGUCUGCUGCGAGUCUCGGAUCCACGAAUUGCAACUCUUGAGGGAAAGAUAGUCCAGGGUCGUGGCGUUGGUCGUACAGAAGUUCAAGUCCUAUCUCCUAUCACUGGCAGAGUCAUCGGCGCCAAGGAAGUGCGUGUUGGUAGCGAUCGAGUCUCAGUAGCGCAUCUCUCGGUCAGAGUCGUUUCUGGAUUGCAGUUAACGAUCAGUCCUGACACUGCUAUCGAGAAUGGAUACGUCGCAGAAACGUCGGUCACUAGGUGGUUGACUGCUCAAUAUCAGGAAGGCCUGUUAGACAUCGACAUUGAAUAUUCUGACGGCUCGCACACUCCCUUAAGAGAAAUUGCAGCAACAGACUAUAAGAUCCAGGUGGAAAGUGAGGAAACUGAGGUGGUAGCAGUUGCUCCUCCGGUCGCUUCCCAUCAUCCUCGAGUAAUCGCCAUAGGAGAGGGACGUGGUGAUUUGUUACGAGUAACUCUACUACUUGUUGACGUCUGCCAAAUGUCUAACAGAAGAUCGAAGUCCUCGUCAUCGAAAGCUGCUGCAGCUCCACUGGCUACUGCGUCUGCCAACGUGGAGGUUAAAUUUGCUUCGAGUAACCUUACGAAUCGACCUGAGUUCGUGCAAAAUGACGGCGGCGGCACCGUGGGCUCUCACAAAGAGCAUAAGACUGGUCGCGAGAAUGGAGACCUUCACGAUAUUGUCAUCGGGAUUCCGCUGAGAGAUGAGAACAACUACGAGCCGACGGUGCAGGCGCGUCAGCACCACACGGCUAUAGCUAAUGGCAUGUCUUCAGGAGGAUUAGACGGUGUCGGGAUCAUGCAUGAGGGUGGACCACGUAUGACGCAACUGAAGAUCGGCAUGUACGUCCUCUUGGCGGCGUUCUGUUUCGCCAUCAUCGUCUUCGUGGUGUCCUGCGUCGUCUACGCGAGCAAAUUCAAGCCCCAGCCACCAGACUCGCCAUUACCCAGCAUCCCGGUACUUGGUGCUGCCAGAGCGGCCGCGAGGCAGCUAGCACCAGCUGGACGACCUAGGGAAUCUACCACCAAUGCCCACGACUGGGUCUGGUUAGGUCGUGCUACUCUUGAAAGAGCUGCAUGUGCUCCUCAACAGGUGCGACUGACCGCAAAUCCACUUGCUACUGAACCGCUUGUUGACAAUGACAACGAGAAUGAAGAUACUGUAACUGCUGCUGAACUCGGUACCAGUUUCGACAACCCAAAUCAUAUCGAGCUCCCAAGUUCUUUAAGGAUUUCUGGUGAUGGAUCCGCAGCUGCUAUAACUGGUGCAUCUGCUUGUACAACCACGUCUACAGUUCCCAUUGACACUACGACUUAUUGCAAGAAGGACAAGACACCACGAAGCUUAUCUGGCAAGGCGAAUCUUCAUGUUAGUGCAGCCAAAACAUCGAUUACACGCAACGACGGCAGGAAUGAGGACGAUGACGACAAUCGUUCUACCGAUGAUGACAUUCCACCACCAUUACCACCUCACGGAGUACCCGCAGUCGCAACUGCGACAACGACAACAUCAACGAUGACAACGAUAACACUCUCCGGGGAUCUUAGUAACGGCAACAUUAGAGGAAAUGGAAAUGGCAGUGGGGAUGUCUUUGGCAAAGUUUUCGGCAAGUCAAGCACGAAUAACUAUGUAAACGGUAACGCAAGCGAGCAUCCGCAGAUAAAAGCAAAAAGCGGAAGUAAUAGCAGCAGGAACGCAAUAGAGGAGUACAAACCUCCAGUACCGCCUCAUCGAAACCGUGAGGUCUGGACAAAGGCUGGGAUGGAUCAAAAGAAGUCGCGGCACAGAUCGUCAAGCGGAAGUCACGGCAAUCAGCGACAUGCAUCAUCAGGCAAACAUCAUUCCCGAUCUCAUCAUCACCAUCAUCACAGCAAGAACAAGACGGAGAGCUCGAGAGAGAACGAGGCGGAAUUCGUCGAGCUAAGAAACCACGAGGAGAAGCGCGCCAAAGACAAAUCAAAGGAAGUCAAGAGGGCGACGAUCGUCGGGAACCCAAUGUAUUCAUCCCAGGAACAAGAGGAAAUGGCUCUGGAUGAUCUAAACCUGGGCAUGGAUUACGAUCAGAUCAUGCAUUACUUUGACAACCUGAAGGAGUCGAACGCCUAGGCAGGGACGGCCGCGGGACGAGUCGAUCCAAAUCGAGUCGAUUCGCGGCCGAAUUCGGCGCGCCCUCCUUCCUCCUUAUCACAAUUUUCGGUGCUCUCGGAGCUUUGGGAAUUUUCCAAGUUCCUAGAGCCUCCGGCGAGGUUGCCCCGGACUGCUCGUCCUAACUUAUAUUCUAGUCAGCUUCCUAGCAGCACAUGAAUUUACAAAUCACAUAAUCAUCGACUUCCUAGUUAUUCAAUGGCGGUUUGACCGAUAGAACUGGCCCUUGAAGACUUCGGAGAGAUUCUAAGGAUAUCGACCGCAUUCGCUUCACCCUAGUUCACGACUUCUUUCCUUCCCUCCCAUCUCCUUUCUUAUGAACUCUUUCCUUUCCUCCCAGUAUCCCUAUGACUCUCAGAUGUGUCGUUCCUGUUAUCGAUUCCCUACAUUACCUCCUAUUCAUCGGUCAGUUUUGCACAUAUCUCUGUCUGCAUUUCAGGCUCUUCCUUAUUUCCUAAUUACCCUCGGGACCGAUUAUCACCAAGUCCCGAACCUUCAACCAAUAAAUAUACUAUAUUCCAAAAUAUCGUACUAUCGCCGUACACAAAUGUCCGCCACUCGUCUAGCUUACCUUAGUUAUCAUUUAAUGACAUGUACUAUAAAAGUCAUCAUCGUUUCAUCACAAUCUGUACAGCUCGCGCUACUCGAUUACUCGACUCAUCAUUUCCAGCACGGUAAAUGAUCAUCUCGUCAUAAUUUUCAUUAUCAUUAUCAUCAACCAUCGUCAUCCCCAUUCUGUUUUGUUGUGUUUGUUGUUAUUAUUAUUAUCACCGUCACCCCAUCAUCAUAGUUCAUUAUUAUUGAUAUUAUUAUUAUUAUUAUUAUUAUUAUUAUUAUUAUUAUUAUUAUUAUAUGGCCGAUAUUAUAUUGAUUUCGAUAAUUUCUUAUUCUUUUUCAUACGAGAAUAUGAAUAAUAAUAUAUAUGCGGAGGCGAUCGGCUGGCCGGACAAGCGAAGCGCACAGAAAUAAUUUGAUAAUUCCAACGUGAAUCAAGAUCGACUAUGUCUACUGUAUCAAGUAUAGCGUUAGAGUAACAUAAGGGUGUUCGUGGUGAAAAUAGCAUAAGAGUAGUUUGUUUGGAGUAUUGUCUCAGAGUAUUAGAAUAAGAUGGCGAAAGAAACGUAAUAUAAUGAGAGUGCAGCCUCUGGUUCGGUCGAAAGCCGUCAGCCAUCUUGCUUGGAAACUUGAGAUUCAGUCUUUUCGAAAAACACAUAAUGCCGGGUUUACCGAAAAAUCGGAUUUCCAUAUAAAAGUAUAUGAAUUCCUGAUAUGAAAAAUGAUAACGUUACACUCCUCCAUCGGUAUUUCAUUUAUAUAUUGCCUAUUAGUUUAUGAAAUUCGAGCGAUACGGUAAACUCCACACGUUGUGUCGUAUGAUAUUUAAUUCGAUUGACCGUGCGUUCUAAUAUUUGUAAAUUUUGCGUUGUAAGAUUUUGUACAUAUACCUACGUAUACACGCGAAUAUUGCAAGAGUACUUAGGGUCUUUAAUGUGUAACCACAACGCGCUGUCGGACGACCACACGUCCUCGUAAUAUUAUCGUUCACCGAGAUGAAAAUCUUUAACGAUGACCAUUACUAUACACGGUAAACGAUUACUAAUGAUAUCCAUUUCUAUUAUAUAUGCUAGAAGACAAAAAAGAAGAAAAUUAGUGACUGUUGAGCUUUUCGGUUAAAUUCGAUCAAUUUGUAACCGCCAAUCCGUCCCACCGCAGACGUCCUCGCGAUAUCAUUCGUUCCUAGUAAUAAAUGACGACACGACGACUCGCGGUGAUGUGUCGAAUUAAAUAAAAAUUGGGACGGGACGAUCUUGAAUUACUUCGAUAUCGCGAGCGAUUCGAAAACCGAUCAUUCAACAGAGAAUACGAUGUGGUAUAAGUGUAAACUCUGUGUUUAGCACGUAUCUAAGAUAUGCGACGUUGCUAUAUUCGUUAUAAGAGAUACAAAUUUAGUGGGAAUUUUCCAUAUCGUCCCCUCCCCAACUGAAUUUCAAAUGAAAUUAACCGAAUGGAGUCAUGCAAUUACACACACGGCAAAUCGCUGAGAACAUCCACGAGGUACCAUUAUCGAUUGAAAUAAGAGAAACGACUAAAGGAGAAAAUGUUUAUUUAAAAGAAACAUACAUAACACGAGAAACAAAAAUAAGAUUGACAAAUGCUUAUCCUAUAUUAUAUCACGCGACUGGACGCUUCGCGUAUUCCUAGAAAUUUAGUUCGGCUGUCUACGUCGUGCAGACUUUUUGAUGCAUCGGCUGUAGUAGACGACUGUACGCACGUGUAUGCUUUCCUAAUGCAAUAGAUGAUACAUGUGCUGCAAAAGUACAACGUUUCGUGACGUUCGUCGUGUGUAUGCUCGCAAUAUAAAGGCACGUGCGCAUGCAGGUAUAAACAGCGAGAGAGUGAGAGAACGUUUGCGCGAAUGAAUGAAUGAAUGGCGUAGAACGUGGAUGAGAUACUGGGACAGUGAAACUCCAGAAGAAAAAUAAAAGGGGGAAUGCGUGUUCAUUGUGUGUUAAAGAAUGAAUGAAUGAUGAUAUAGCUGGUGAGGGAAACAUUAGCGGGAAUGCAAACCACCUGCUGAAGAAGAACCUCACUUGCCAUGUACGGGCGCCAUCAACGACUAAAGACUAAUCAUUCCUUUGUUAUGAUAGAUGUUGCGCUGAUAAUACUAAUAAUAAUGCCCCGAGUCAGAAGGGUUCUUAAGUACCCGAUGCGUUAAAUUAUUAUUUAUGACGAUGAUAACGACGUUAAUAUCGCUACCCUAUUAUUAUCGCGCAGAUAAAGUAAAUCGAUUAUAAUUAUUAAUAUCAUCGUCAUCAUCAUUAACGAUCAUUAUUGUCGGCAUACUAGACAUUACGAUACGAUUAUUGCCUAUUCAAUGUACAAUAUGUAGCAUUUACCUGUUGUUACCACCGAACCGUCGACAAAGAUAUAAAAUAUUGUAAUUGUAUCAUAAGUAGUUGAAACUGUUUCGUUUGCUAGUCAGAAAUCCCAGUGGCACGAUAUCCGAUGUCUGUGGAUGGGAGAUACGCGUGAAAAAAUAAUGAAUGAAAAAACAAGAGAUGACAUUAACGAAA